AAAAAAAAAAAAAACCUCCAUUUUUUCCGCAGGCCACAGACCACCACACGUGCUGGGCUGAUCCCCCGUCAUAGAAACCGUAGUUUCCAUUAUUUCCAUGUUCGUGACAGAAAAUUUUCGAAUUUCAGAAAAAGCAGAAAAGGAGAGAUACAUUUUUCUGUAUCUUCUCGGUGUGUUUGGAAGGAGGUAAACAGUGAAGGGGGUCCCAUCCUGUUUGUCUCUGGCAGAGAAAAACACACACACACACAAAAGGAAGAAAAAAAAAAAAGAAUAAUUAUAAUAAAUAAAUACCCAUCCUCCGCUGCUGCCCUGAUUUCCUCUCCUUUCUUAUCUAUCCCAUUUCGCCGCUCGUUAAUUCCCAUUUCAAACCCUAACGUCCCUUCCCGUUUUCCAUUUACGGUUCAAAGCUCGAAACUUUUUGGAUUUACGGAAACAAAAUUUUGUGAGAUAAUCGGAAUUGAAAUUUUGGGUUGAUUGGAAGAUGUCGCUUUUGCCAAAAAGCGAUUCGAUUCAGAUUAGAGAAGUGUGGGAUUAUAACCUGGAAGAAGAGUUUGAUCUGAUCAGAGAAAUCGUAGACGAUUACCCGUAUAUUGCCAUGGAUACGGAGUUUCCGGGCAUUGUUCUACGGCCGGUGGGGAGUUUCAAGAACAGUAACGAUUACCAUUAUCAAACCCUGAAGGAUAAUGUGGACAUGUUGAAGUUGAUACAACUGGGGCUAACCUUUUCGGACGAGAAGGGAAACCUGCCAACUUGUGGGACUGACAAGUACUGCAUUUGGCAGUUCAAUUUCAGGGAAUUCAAUCCCAACGAGGAUGUUUUCGCGAGCGAUUCCAUCGAGCUGCUGCGGCAGAGUGGGAUUGACUUCGAGAAGAACACGGAGAAGGGGAUCGAGGCUAGGAGAUUCGGGGAGCUGUUGAUGUCAUCAGGGAUUGUGUUGAACGAUAAUGUUCACUGGGUGACAUUCCACAGCGGGUAUGAUUUCGGGUACCUGCUGAAGAUACUGACUUGCCAGGCGUUGCCGGAGACGCAGCCGGGGUUCUUUGCCCUCAUCAACAUGUAUUUCCCGGUCGUGUUCGACAUCAAGCACUUGAUGAAGUUCUGCAACAGCCUCCAUGGCGGGUUGAACAAGCUCGCGGAGCUGUUGGAAGUCGAGAGAGUGGGCGUCUGCCAUCAAGCCGGCUCGGAUAGCUUGCUCACUGCUUGUACCUUCAGGAAGUUGAAAGACAACUUCUUUAGUGGCUCACUGGAGAAGUAUGCUGGUGUCUUGUAUGGUCUAGGCGUUGAGAAUGGACAGUAUAGCAGCAGCAGCACCCAUUGGUGACCUACAAAAACAAAAACAAAAACAAAAACCAAAAUAUGUGACAGUAUAGGUGAUUGUUUGUGAAGUACAUGUGUGCGCUUUAAGGUUGCCUCAGUAUACACACACACUAAUUCAAAAUGUUUGUUGUUUAUUUAUAUAGAACAAUUUCUCCUUUCUGCAUUAGUUUCAUAA